UUCCGCGAUAUAAUUCAAUCAGGCACAAUGAAAAACAAACUAGGAAAAACAAAAAACUCGUUUUACAAACAAGACUCAUUGAAAGGUCAAGGAAAUAUAUAGACUAUACAUGAACAAUUGUCUCAAAUGGCUGAUUGGGACCUAGAUCUAUAUAUUGAUCUAAUUGUGUAUUGUUGACCUACAUUAACUGCAGACGAUGAAGAAGCAUCAAGAUAGUGCUUCACAACAAGGGAGAGAACCAGGAAGUACCUACUUCUCUUAUGGUGGACCUGCUACCUCAGAUACUUUAGGCUCUGCUAAGCAACACUAUGGCCACAGCCGUAUUCAUAAGAAAGACUCGAUGUCUGCUCAUUCUUCAUGCAGCGACAGAGGCGAGACAGAGGUAUCUACCAUACCAGCCAGAUCACGCUCCUUCUUAGAUCCUAAUGGACUGGUUAUGAUGACCUCUCAUGGUCCCGUGGAUGGCUAUUCACAUUACGCGCACACAGUAACGCCCUUUGAAAGCAUUUUGGGAGAACCUUUAGAAAGAUUCCUAAACCGACGCUACAGCAGAAGUCCAUACCUUCGCCAGCCACCUACAAGAUUGAGAAAUGUGGUCAUACUCAUGGCAAGUCUUUUCAUCGUGGCCUUGGUGGCUGUCAUCUUCACUGCAGUUUACUUUGGUCAAGGGUUCGAUUUCAGGUCAAGGCUAUAAGUCUUUUUAGUAAGGCUUGUCCCUUUUAUUUGUGUACAUAUCAUGUCUCUACCCUUGGAUGCUUGUAUUUGUUUACAGAUUUACACAUUGUAGCAGUGGUACAUGUAUUACAUUCAUAUUGUACACAGAAAAAUGUGACUGUAUUUUUGCCAUAUGAAAUUAAAUGAGGUUCGAACCCAAGUUAACAGUGAAAUACACAUUAUUAAGUCAGCCAUGUCCCUUCUCUUCAAAUAAUUCUUUGACCAUAACUUUAAACAUGUUAUACAACAUAGUAUGUCAUUUUGUUUUAUUUCACAAAAUUGCUAUUUUAAACUUAAAACAAGUGUAAAUCUUCAAUUAUAAGCAAUUGUUAAGGGAAAAAAAGCAAACAGGUUUAUCAAUGUAAAGCUAGUCAUAGACACACUGUAAUAAAACUCAAAAUGUGCUUUGUUUUGUUUUUUUAGUUACUAAGAUUAAAUAGAAAAAUAAAAAAGACAAACUUUAUUUUAGGAUACAGGAAACAGUCAAAAAUAUUUAUUUCAUAAAGACCAUUCAACAAGUUCAUUGACACAAUGUUUACACCAAGGUUUACACUUUUGUUACAACACAACAAAAUAUGGAUUUAAAAAAUAAAUAAAAAUUUAAUUGAAACAUAAAACAAACAUCUGGAAAUUAUUCUGUCUUUAAUUUGUGUCUGUGAGUGAGCUGUGUAUAUCUUUAUGUAUAUCUACAAGUCUGUAAGUCCAUGUAUAAAGAGUUUUCAAUUGUUUAAAUAAUAAAUUUGUAAUCAGUAGAUUUUUUACUGUAAAAAAAAAGAAAAAAAAAAGGAAA